UCCUGGGUACAGGUCUGUGUGAAACUAGAAUAUGAAACCUUCUCUGUAUAUAAUAAUCUGAUAGCCUCAAUAUGGGUGCCCAAACAAACGUCUAAAGGAAUAAGGCCACUUUCUGGACAGGUAAAUUUGUGAAUUCCAUACGGACGGACUUUGCUCUUUGGUCUGAUUGUUUUACGAAGGAUUUAAAAGACAGGUUUUCCUACAGAAGAAACACAGCUCUUGUCUGCUGGCACUAAUGAAUCUAUUCAAAUAUGUCUGCCCGGCUCCUGCUUUAAGGUGUCGGACGUCUCUUCUUAAAAUGAUUUUACUUUAUCAUUUGCCCUCCAUGGUAUUUGGUCUUCCUCAGAGCACGAGAAAGCUGCUAGGAACCGGCGAGUCAGACUCAUUUGCAAAAGUGUUUACAAACGAGGAAGAUGCCAGCAGCUUCUUCAGACGCCGUCUGCUGUACAAUCAGUUUGACUUUGAGAUGUUUGUCCCGGGGAAUCUGGAGAGGGAAUGUAAUGAAGAACUCUGCAACUAUGAGGAAGCACGAGAAAUCUUUGAGGACCAAGAUGCAACAGCUGCAUUUUGGAAAGAAUAUUCUACUAAGGAUUCAAUCUCAAUCCCAGCUGUCAAGCUUGAUGUUGUUGGAUUACUCACUGGUCUCAUUUGUGUUGGAAUUGUUUUGGUCAUAUUGGGGCUUUUGGGUUACUAUUGGUACAUAAUUAAAUGUGGCCCAAAGAGACACCUUUAUGGUUCAGAGCCAGAAAGUGGACCGAGAAACAGUUUAAGGAGAUCAAGAAGAUCAGAGGAAUGUCCAUUACAGCGUUCUGAGGGACCACCCCCCUAUCACGUAGCGGUUGGAUUUGGAACACCAUGUGACAUACCUCCACCACCUUAUCCAGGGACUGAACCAGAUUUAAAAACCUACAAAAAGUCAUUUUCUCUACCUGAUUCUCAUGUGUUUUCAUUCUUGAAAUAAUGUUGUACAGUUUCAUUAACACCAAGGAGGUCUGCAAUCCUUAUUUUACAAGGAUUAAAAAUGUCUUCAGCAGAUGAAUGAAACAUCUACAUCUUGAGGUUUUCAUAAGAAAGUAUAUGAAGAAUUAGAGGGGACAUUUGUUUUGACUGGGUGUUUCCUUGUUCUUUAAGACAGAUCUCCAGUGGAUAAUUUAUCACUGGUGUGAUUCAGCGCAGGUUGUGUAAGAAAUAUCUUUGAUGCAGGUGUGUGUGGAGUUAUAUUAAGAACAAUUACGUUGGGAAAUAUUGCACAACCAUUUUUUUAACAAGUGAUAUCUAAUGCAGAGGUAAAGUUUUCCCGGCUAGUCAAAUAAAAUAAAAUAUGAUUACAGA